AUGGGCGUAACCAACAAUAUCCCCCCCGAUCUCAUCCAUUCGGCACAGCUCGCAGACUCGCAGCCCUCCAUUCCCCUCGCUACGUCAGCCCCUUGCGUGCCUGCCUGUUCAUCAAAGGUCGACGACCACACAUCAAACUUGGAUGACCCCUCCGAUUUCGACGAAUCAUCAGAUCGCGGCGGCUCAUCGGUCCUCGACCACGACGACUCGCCAAAGCUCGGCAUCUCGCAAGCCGCCAUUCCUCUCCUCAAGCCAGCUCCUCAUGUGUUCAUCAAACCGUCAGAGUUCGUUGGCUCGCAGACGGCCAUCGCCCUUGCUACCACAGCUCCUAAAACGCCUGUCAACAUCCACGCCUUGCCCAACGAAUUGAUCGCCCACGUACUCAAACUUCUGUCUCAUGACGUUCGCUCCACCGCGUGCGCUGCGCAAGUCUGCAAGCUCUGGCAGUCUUCAGGUGGUCAUCUGAUCUGGCACACUAACCAACUGAGAGAUCUACUCGAUCACGGUCUGGCAGGCGACCGCCUUGCUCGCUUCGCUGCCCUUGUCGAAAACAUCUACCACCAGCCUGGAGAUCAGGUUUUGGCCAAUCCACGUGUCAGAACUCUCAACUUCAACAAUCUGAAGUCGGUCGAGAUGUACUCUAGCAACAUCCGCACUACUCCUAUGGAAGUCGAUAUCGAGGGUAUCAAAGCAUUGAUAACAUCUAGUCUCAAGUCAUGGAUUAUGACUCACGACUAUGGUGCUCGAUUCUACCUUUCUCACAACUACAGUGGUCUAAUCUCCCUCCCAGGCCCCUUUCCAGAUAUUAACAAUCUGACUGUAUUGAAACUUACGGGUGAGUGUGCAGACUUUGAUCAGAAUUUGUUGAAAGAGUUUUUGGCCUCGGGGGUCAAUCUCGAGGUCUUGAACCUGGGUGAGGAUCUCGGUGCGGAGCUAGGCUUAAAGGAGCUGAUUCAGAUAAUGCGCAUGCCAAAGCUGAAGUCCUUCUGCUCUAGCCGCGUCCUUGGCUUCACCCCCGAAAUCGUCGAUAUGGUCGUUCAAAGGCUUGGUUCGCACCACUUUAUGCCACAUCUCCGCAAGCUAGACUACCUCUGGUGCCACUCUGGCUAUGUGAGCGCUGCUUCAAGACUUUUGCCAAUGAUGCCUGGUCUCGAGAAGCUCAGAUUGGACCUCGAUGACCACUUUUCUUCAACUUGGAACAACGCAAUCGACUUUGUCAUCUUUCCCAUCUUGGCAACGCUCAAGAACCUGCAGGAGCUCCGCAUGCUAUGCAAAGCUGAAUGGCAGCUCGACGGGAAGCAUCUCUUGGAGCUCACUUGCCUCGACGAUCUCGAGGUCCUUAUUAUUCACAUGAGGCCAGGUGUGCCCUGCUCGUUCACCAUGGAGGGAGCUCAGUUCGCUUCCCUGCUACGUGGUCUGCCCAAGCUUAGGUCACUCCGUCUGGGUGUUGGUUCUUGUUUCGUCUCAGCAUCGCGUGAGGACUUCGACUACAUCAACGAGGCCGUUUCUCGAAUUGAGGAUGUUGACCUCGAGAGCAUCACUUUGGUGCAUGACGAGUCACUGGACACCGAGUCGGGCUCACAGUGA